UGUAUACUCCUGGUAUGGAUAUACGUACUAUCUUACAUAUCUAUGUGAGUGGGGCACACAUUAUCUGAACUUCUCUGAACCACUCCCUUCCUAUAAAAGGGUUAACUAAGUUGUGGAAAAACAAGUGCAACGAUUGCAAUUCAUCAACCUAAUUAAUUAGUAUUGGUUUCAUUCCGUCGUCAUGGCUACAACCACCACACAGGCUCAAUUGUGGAAUGCAGCAAUAUUGCUCGUAGCUUUAAUGGCAUCUCUCCACCUCACAGUGGGCCAGAUCGGAGUUUACUACGGAAGAAACGGCGACAACUUGCCAUCUCCGGCAGCGGUGGUGGGCUUAUACAAGCAAUACAACAUCCAGAGAAUGCGAAUUUACGAACCAUUCCACCCUGUUCUCGACGCCCUCAGAGGCUCCAACAUCGAGCUCACCGUCAACGUCCCCAACAUCAACGACCUCCAGUACGUCGCCGGCAGCCAGGCCAACGCCAACCAGUGGGUCCAAGACAACGUCCGGAGCUACUUCCCCGCCGUCAACUUCAAACACAUCGUCGUCGGCAACGAAAUCUCCCCCAUCAAAAACAGCCAGUACACCAAUUUCGUACUCCCCGCUUUGCAGAACGUACAGAACGCCAUUAACGCCGCCGGCCUCUCAGGACAGAUCAAAGUCACCACCGCCGUCGACACCGGCAUUCUGGGUAACGCUUAUCCGCCCCAGAACGGCGUUUUCCGGGGAGACGUCGUCGGGUACCUGGCCCCGAUCAUCCGGUUCUUGUCGGAUAAUGGGUCGCCGUUAUUUGUCAGCAUAUACCCUUAUUUCUCCUACGUGGACAACUCCGGCCAGAUCAACCUCAAUUAUGCUCUGCUUCAGCCCAACAGCGGGGUCAACGCCGGCGGGGUGUACUACGACAAUCUUUACUACGCGUUUGUCGAUGCCAUGUAUGCGGCGAUGGAGAAGGUUCUGAAUGGUGCCGGAGCAGCGUCGACUUCGCCGUUAUACGGUGCUGUUAAGGCCGGCGGGAAGUAUGUUCCGCCGGUGAAGGGAGGAGAGUCCGGUUGGCCGAGCCGCGGCGGCGGAGGGCCGGCGAAUUACGACAAUGCAAGGAUAUACAACAACAAUUUGGUUCAGGUCGUGAAGAAGGGAACGCCCAAAAGACCAAAUCAACAAAUUGAGACUUACAUAUUUGCUAUGUUUGAUGAAGAUCAGAAGCAGCCUGCUGGGGUGGAGAACAAUUUCGGUCUUUUUACUCCAAACGCCCAACUCAAAUACCCAAUGAAUUUUAACUGAAUUGCAAGAGACUUAAAAACUAAUAAUGCACUACAAAAAAUUACUGGAUCGACAUCAAUUUGACACAGAUUGAUCAAUGAAUUCAUGCCAAAUGGCUCGUUCCAACAUGUUUUGAACAUGGAUUUGUCAUAAAUUUUAGAGAAUCUCUGUCAAAAAUUUAUGUCAAUCUCGGUUUUUUGUAAUGAUCUUUACGUCAAUAAAACAAAAACUGUUGUAUCCCUUACUUGGAAUAGCUAGUAAUUAAGGAGUGUUUAAUCAAAAUGAUUAUUGUAAGCUCCAGUUAUAAGGUGUUAUUGGGUGUACCUCUUAUGUGAUGGGUUAAUAAAAUCGCAAUUGGUUCCAUCUAAAAGCUACUCCGUAUAUAAAGAUUUGUACAAAUAUAGUUUGUUGUUUCGUAAUUAUUAUUGGAUUUGAAUUAUGUGCGUUUGUUGUGAUUGUUACCCAAGAGUAAUAUUUCGCUACAUACUACCUAUCUCACAUCUGA